ACGAAUGUGUUGGUAGCCGAGAGCGAGCUGGCCACUUUCAGCCGGCUGCGGAGCCACUGGCGGAGUUCCGCGCGACUGGAAUCCUCGCUGUUCACGGAGGAGAGUCGUUCGCGGGCCAUCCAGUCCCAGUAUGCGGAGGCGGCCCUCACCCCUGUCCCAGUCCUACGAGAGUUGGACCGUGUCCGGACGGACGGCGUCCGCGGGUCCCGACGCUUCACGUGCACGCCCGUCAUCGGUGACCGCAAGGUCAAGAUCCAUCUCGAUAUAGAAACUCGUCGGCCUUCGAGUGUUUUGGCUCUCCCGUCGUGGUCGGAGGAGGAGAUCCUGGAGGAGAUGGAGGCACCCGAGCAGGUUAAAGGCCAUCAGCUACAAAGGGCCAACUCCAGGGGAUCUCUUCGCAAACUCCCCUCCCCUCAGGAAAAGACGUUGGCCCUGGCUCACCUGCUGGGAGGAGAGGUUGUAACUUUGGAUGUGACCGGAAAGAGCUUUGACCGGAUGACGGCGUUCCGGAGGUCCCUGGUCCAUUACGAGUUCAUGAAAGAGCGACGAAGGAAGAGGGGUCCUCGGAGGAACACAGUAGCUGGCGACAACCCCAGCCUUAUCCGCAACGCCUUCCACCUCUUCUCGCAAAGAGGGGCGAAGAUGCAUAAGAUUGGAGUUGGAGAGCCUCUGGAAAUGUCUUAUGAGGACACAACGACCCAGACCGACACGGAUGUUGUCUCCCAGUCAUCCUCAGAAACCAAGAACGUGUUACGGUCCCAGAAUGGAAUCCUUUGCCAUUCCCACAUCCCAAACCGCACCUUUAUGGCUGAGGUCCACUCUGCUCCACAAAACCUGAAUGCUAAGAUGCUCAAGGAUGAUGCCAUGGAACCAGAAGGUCGGAGCAGUUCAGGGCACUGGAGUGCAUCAGCCAGCAGCGGUGGGAGCACCCGCACCUCCCUGGAAUCAGAGAACCAUAAGGUUCCAUCUGGUGAUGAUCAUGAUUCAGCCUUGUCUGAUGGGAGUAGCAGUAGACCAAAUGACAAUUCCUUGAGUGAACGAACUGUUUCUCCAGAUGAUGUUCCAUUUAUUGAUGAAGAGUCAAGUUCGUUGUACUCCUGCGAUACUGAGGGAUACUACACAUCCUUUCAUACUGACAGUGGGCUUAGGGCACUUCAGCGGGAGGUCUCUGAGAAUGAGUAUGAACUUUUUGGAAAAGGAAGCACUUCAACAAACACAAGCAGCUCAACAAGCACUGUUGUUCGUAACGAUGGAACUGUGAAACGUCGUUUGAAGGUUCCACCUCCUCCACUCCCCCCUCGCACAAGCUCUAUUGAGUGGAAGCACUCACUCAAGAGUAAUCGAGACAGUGUUGUGACUGUGAUCAAUGUUGAGGACCUGAGGGAGGAUGAGUCAAGCUCAAAUGCAUCCACACUGAAGAAUGAGGGGACACAAGAAUCAGACUCUGACUCACAUAUUGAGGAAGGAUGCGAACAAUUCAAGAUGAAAACAUCCAUUACUGCUAAUCGCAUUCCACCUUUAUGCACAGUUACUCCACCAUACAGUGACGAUGAAAGCCGGAAUGCAAACAGUACUGAUGUGACUCCAGUCAACAUAAAUGGUCCAGUGACUCCUGCGAAUGGUCUGCACUUUGUGCCCAUUCGUGUGGGGGCCAUUCCUGAUCUUGUGCCAAGAGAAGAUUCCUUGCUCUCAGAAUCAGGGAGUUACAUCAGCCUGAAAGAACUCCCUCCAACCACAACAUCCAGCUAUCCAUUCUCUGCCUCCCCUGUUGCCAUCAUUUCACCCACAAACAGUCUGGAGAGGAAGAAUGAUUUACGAGUGGGUGCCCGUGUGACAUUGGACUCUCAUGGUGAGGUCAUCUAUUCCUCAGAUAGUCUUCCUCACUGGAAGAAACAGACAACCAGCUUUGAGCCAGGUGAACGUGUGAGGAUUGGGUACAAACGACCCGACACCCUACCAUUAGAGACAAGUCUGGAACAAGUCCCAAUCAUUAGACCAAAUCUGGGUCCAAUGUCCCCCAAGUCACCUCGGGGAGGUGCUUAUGUCAAUGUGCAAGGAACCACCCAAAUACCAGUUCCAUUAAUCAAAGCUAUGAGCCCCAUGAGGGAAAUGAACAACCGUCAACGUUCCCUCUCCCCAGUUGAUCACAUCAAUAACAACAACAUCAAGCGUAAUGAGAGUUACCGCAUGGCCAAUGUUGGCUAUGGUCAUGGUCAUUCAGUUGCCCGGAAUCCAAGUUACAAGACUGCCAACCAGAAUCUUCAUUCUAAUGUGAAGCUGGUGCGAAAUCCAAAUACAUCAAGGCGAUUCUAUGGAGCCAAGGUCACAGUUGACCCAGCUGUCCUAUCUCCUCGUCGGGUUGACGGUCAUCCGUCUGACCCAGGCCUGGCUGGCUCUUUGAGAACUCGUCCCUCAAAUGCUCACCUGCAGCCACCUGAUAGCUAUGUAAGGUGCCAGAUCCCAGUCCGCUGGUUUCCCUGCAACAAUGUUGAUGCACCAUUCCUACAACACAACAGCCUCCCCUGUCAUUCCAAAGGAUUUUCCCCAAUCCAGAAGCCAGAUGCAUUCAUCCGAUCAAGUGCAACAAGGCAUACAUUACCUGCGAGAUUUUCUUCAUCUAGUCCUCAUGAUGCCACUGAGGGUCUCAGAAUGUCACCUAUAUCCUCUUCUUCACCCCUCCCACCCUAUCAGGAUGAGAGCUUGACUGAUGUCAAAAGCAAGCCUGGUUUUUUGCAUCUGUUUGACACCUCAAGCAAAAAUGAUUCAAUUAGAAUUGAUAAUUCUUCACCCAAAAAUAGUCCCAGACCAGAUGGCUAUGCUUGUGUUCGAUCCAAGACCAGUCCAAGGACUUCCUAUAUUGAUGCUUCGUGUAGGAAUGGUCAAAUGUAUUUUGAUGACUCUUCAUUCAGAAAUAAUCCAACAAAGUACCAUGGUAGUCCAUUCCGUGUAACUGACCCAACAUGCAGAUACCUAAACAUGGAUCGAACUCCACCUCCACCAUACCAACACCCUCCAUCACUCAAAGAACUUGUGAAUCCCCAUUACUGUUAUCGUCACCCAUCAAGCCCCAACAACAACUCUUCUCCCUUUCUGCCUAUGAGCACAAGCAGUCCAUUGGAGAAGCAAUCUCCAGUCUAUGGCUCUGUAAUUAAGCCCACUGUCCCUACUGGGGAAUCAUAUGGCAAGCGUAAGCUAUAUGAAUUAGACAUCUCGAGCAGUCCAGCAUCCACACGAAGUGGUUCACCAUUGUCAUUGAAUUCAAGUUUUGUGUCAGAAGAUCUCCUCAUCCCUGAGACCCAAACAAAGGGAAAGAGACGGUUCAGUUGGGCUGGUCUACCAUAUCAGAUGAGGCGACAUCCAGGAACUCCCAUUGAUGAUUUCAAGCAGCUCCUUCUCCAACAUGGUCCCAGUAGCCAUGCCCGCACAUCAGCUGUUGAACGGCUCAAACGAUCUCAAAAUCAUUUCUCAUAUCGACAGGAGGAUCUAGCUGGGCGACGGGCACGAGAGAGACUGUCAUCAAUUGCAAGCCGACUGGGUCUAAAGAGUGGGUUCCAUACACCACACAAGACGGAUGUCAUAUCGACUACCAUCUUGGAGGACCAAACAGAAGAUGAGGACUUGAACACAGAACGCUUUUCCUCUGACAGUAACUCUAGUCACUAUAAUCCCACCUCUCCAGAUCGCAUCAGCCUGGAAACUGCUCUUUGAAGAUGCUAGGCUCCCUUUCCCUUUGCUACAUCCACUGUCCUCCAUCUCCUUGUGCUGCACCUCUGCCUUCCCAUGGGAGAAGGUUUGCAGGUGCUUAUUGAAAGUGGUACAAAUUUCUUUCCCUUUCCUGGUACCAAAAGAAGGAAAUUUUUUGGUAGUAACCAUUAUGUCUGGAUUCGAUCUCAUGCCCCUGUUCCUUAUAUUUGAACUUUCAAGAAUAUUUUGACAAAAUUCAU